AUGGGUUCUGGGAGGAAGAAGCGUCAAAGAAGCUUCACAAAAAAAAAGCUUCGAAUCAAUGAACGUGUUGAGUUGAGGAGUGUAGAGGAUGGGUUUCUGGGGUCAUGGCACCCGGCGACAGUUAUCCAUUGCGGGAAGCUGGAGCGCCAUGUCAGAUAUGAGAAUAUUUUGGAUGAUGAUGGGAUUAAGAAUUUUGAGGACGUAGUGAGUGUUUCGGAUGCUUUGGAUGGUAAAAGUUGUUCUUCAGAUUGCUAUAAGCGCGGUUUCAUUAGGCCAGUGCCUCCUUUGAUUGAGUUGGAUAAAAGGAACCUUAAAUUUGGUCUGUGUGUUGAUGUGAACUAUCAGGAAGCUUGGUGGGAAGGUGUUAUAUUUGAUCACAAUGAUGAGAAGGAGGAGAGGAGUGUGUUUUUCCCUGAUUUGGGUGAUGAAAUGAAUGUUGGAAUCCACCAACUUCGGAUUACUCAGGACUGGGAUGAAGUUACAGAGAAGUGGGAGCAGCGAGGGAAAUGGGUGUUUCUUGAAUUAAUUGAGGAGUGUGAGAGGACAUCAUUUGUUACAGUUUCAGCAAAGCAGAUUUGGUAUGAUGUACAGGGAAAAAGUGAUUUUGACAGGAUUGAGGAAUGGACAUUCAAUGUGAAGGACUUAUGGAGAGACAUGGUAAUGGAGGUAGUUAAUGAUUACUUUGCUAUUACUGUAGAAGUAGUUUUCUCAGUCUUAAACCUUCCAAGGAGUUUAUUCAAUGAAACACCAGAGGUGGAGCCAGUUGAACCUGUGGCUAAUGGGCACUUGAACACAACAUUACCUGAAAAGGAAAUCUUGAUGCAGAAAGAUCCUCUUCCUCCAAUUGAAGAGGUCUUAUCAGAGUUUCAAACUGAAAUUUCCUCCGAUUGUGCUGUUGAAGUAGUUUCAGGUGCUAACUGUUUUAAAAAUAAGAGAGAAAAUAGAUCCUCGACUCUUUUAAGGUCCACACGCUGGAAACCUCUUAUGUUGUCUGAAGUUGAAUUUUGUCCUGAUGCCGUUAAGCAAUAUGCACUUGCUUCACCUAUUUGUUGGAGCAUGGAACUUUGGAGAAAAAAAUUACAAAAACAUAUUGCUUAUCUUGGUUGGAAAAUUGAGUGGAAUGCAGAUAGUGUUGGUGAUAAACAUUACAGGUACAAGUCGCCUGACAAACAGGACCAGAAGAUUUUCCCCUCACUCAUUGAAGUUUGUAAAGUCAUGCAAAAGGACUCAAACACAAUCUCUUUGCCGUCCCAAGAUGAUGAGAGUAUAAGGCAUCGUACCAUUGACUCAAUCAGUAAUGAGGAAAAUGUUGAUCAAGUUCAGAGUGGUGAUUUAUUACAUAGAGUAUCCCAAUUGCUUCCGGAGAAACCUUCAUUACAUGGCAUAGAUGGUGUAGCUGCAAGCAGAUCUACUGCAAAUCGGAAGCGGAAACGGAAACGCUUGAGGAAUUCAAAGGCUAGCCUACCUAAGCGCCAAAGGAAUAGAUUACCUCUACGAGUGCUACUACGAUCAAGUAAAAGGGUGCAACAGGUGUCUGCCCCUUGUUUGUCACACCAUAAACUUCAAAAUGUUCUGUCUUGGUUGAUAGACAGCAACGUAGUGCUACCAAGGUCUAAGGUUUAUUACCAGGCAAAAAGCAGGCACCAUUCUAUGGCUGAUGGACGAAUAACUCGCGAUGGAAUCAAAUGUAACUGUUGUCAGACUGUAUUCAGUCUUGUUGGCUUUGAAAAUCAUGCUAGCGGUAGUAGUACCCGCAGACCCACUUCUAGUAUCUUUCUAGAAGAUGGUAGGUCACUCUUAGAUUGCCAGAUACAAUUAAUGCAAGACCAUAGGAUAAGGGAAACUAUGGAAAAACCAUGCGAUGGUUUGUCUCAAGGCAAGAAUGACUACAUUUGUUCUGUUUGCCACUAUGGUGGUGAACUUAUUUUAUGUGAUCAAUGUCCGUCUUCAUUUCAUAAGACAUGUCUUGGUAUGGAGGAUAUUCCUGAUGGUGACUGGUUUUGUCCAUCGUGUCGUUGUGGGAUUUGUGGCCGACGCAAAAUCAAUGGAGAUGAGGAUGGACAUUUCCUUACUUGCAUUCAGUGUGAACAUAAAUAUCAUUUUAGGUGCGUGAAAAAUAAAGCUGUAGAUAAAUCAAGAAGGUACCUGAAAAAAAACUGGUUCUGUGGAAAAAACUGUGAAAAGAUAUAUGCCGGCCUGCACAAACUAUUAGGAGUGCCAGCUUCAGUGGGUUUGGACAAUCUAACUUGGACAUUGGUGAAGUUUAUCAAUUCUGAGAGCUGUGAUCGUGGUAGUACUAAAAGUGACUUAUUGGUAGAAAGUUACAGCAAACUUAAUGUUGCUCUUUCGGUGAUGCAUGAAUGUUUCGAGCCCCUAAAGGAACCUUACUCUAGCAGAGAUCUCAUGGAAGAUGUUAUAUUCAGCAGAUGGUCAGAGCUUAAUCGAUUAAAUUUCCAGGGUUUCUAUACUGUACUUCUGGAGAGAAAUGAAGAACUGAUUAGUGUGGCAACUGUUAGGGUCUAUGGAGAUAAGGUAGCAGAAAUACCUCUUGUUGGUACCAGAUCACAGUAUCGUCGCCAUGGAAUGUGUCGCGUUUUAAUGACUGAGCUUGAAAAGAAGCUCAUGCAAUUAGGAGUUGAGAGGCUCGUUUUGCCUGCUGUUCCUAGUGUGCUAGAAACGUGGACAAGUUCUUUCGGCUUUGCAAAGAUGACAAAUCUUGAGAGAUCAGAAUUUCUGGACUAUACUUUCCUAGAUUUUCAGGGUUCCAUCAUGUGCCAGAAGCUGUUAACAAAGAUUCCAUCUCCAGAUUCAGUUUCGUCAAUAGAUGCCCAACAAAAACAAAAUGAUGUUUUCUCUGGAAGUUGUAGGGUUGACUUUGAAAAGUCUAGUCCAGACUCUGAAGUAUACCAAGCAGAAGAGAUUGACAACAGAGGGUUGAUGGAUCAACAAAUGGGGGUUACUUGUGCAGACAACAAUGAUCAUCUUGGUAGCAGUGUUAUUGACCCGGUCACCAUGGUGAAGCAACUAAGUCCUGAGGAUCAACAGUGCCAUAAUAGAACCAAUCCACAGUGCUCUCUUGUAAAAGAGGGUGGUAGGUAUAGUGGCUCAUAUAAGUACUACAGUCGAAGGAAAGUGAGGAAGGCUUGAGGAGGAUUUCAGAAUGUCAUUAU